GCGCUCCAGCGCUCUAACUUGGAGGCGCUCCCGUGUCCCACGCUUUGGGUUGCCGUGCCUGCACAGGCUGUCGUUACCGAUGGAUCAGAAGCCGCUGCGUCUCUUGGCAUGUGGAGAUGUUGAAGGAAAGUUUGAUGUUUUAUUCAGUAGAGUUCGAACAAUUCAGAAGAAAAGUGGAAACUUUGACCUGCUGUUGUGUGUAGGAAAUUUUUUUGGCUCUCUCCAAAAUGCUGAGUGGGAGGAGUACAAGACUGGCAACAAGAGAGCUCCUAUUCAGACAUAUGUGCUUGGCGCCAAUAACCAGGAAACAAUAAAAUAUUUCCAGGAUGCUGAUGGCUGUGAAUUAGCUGAAAACAUUACUUACCUGGGUCGAAAAGGAGUCUUCACUGGAAGCUCAGGGCUACAGAUUGCAUACAUCAGUGGCAUAGAGUCCUUAGAGGAACCAGUCCCAGGUUACAGUUUUAGUCCCAAGGAUGUGUCUUCCCUGACAACAAUGCUGUGCUCAGCAUCCCAGUUCAAGGGUGUUGAUAUCUUGCUCACGUCCCCAUGGCCCAAGUAUGUGGGGAGCUUCGGGAAUUCCUCUGGAGAAGUAGACACCAAGAAAUGUGGGUCUGCUUUGGUCUCCAAUCUUGCCUUAAGCUUGAAACCGAGGUAUCAUUUUGCUGCUUUGGAAAAGUCGUAUUACGAGAGACUUCCGUACAGAAACCAUGUUGUUUUACAAGAAAGUGCACAGCAUGCCACUCGCUUCAUAGCGCUGGCCAGUGUUGGGAAUCCGGAAAAGAAAAAGUAUCUUUAUGCAUUCAGUAUUGUUCCCAUGAAGCUGAUGGCUGUAGCAGAACUGGUAAAACAGCCUCCAGAUGUCACUGAGAAUCCUUACCGAGACUCUGGAAAGGAAGCAGCUGUAGGAAAACAAAUUCCUACCCCUCAGGAAGAAUCAACCUGUCAGUUCUUCUUCGAUUUGAAUGACAAGCAGGGACGGAAACGGUCAUCCACAGGCAGGGAUAACAAGCCUCCUCAUGCUAAGCAGCCUCGAAAGCCUCCUCAGCCUCCAGGACCUUGUUGGUUUUGCCUUGCCAGCCCUGAAGUGGAAAAGCAUUUGGUGGUCAACAUUGGCACACAUUGCUACCUCGCCCUGGCCAAAGGAGGCUUAUCUGAUGACCAUGUGCUCAUCCUGCCCAUUGGACACUACCAGUCAGUGGUGGAGCUUUCGGCAGAGGUUGUGGAAGAAGUGGAGAAGUAUAAAGCUACUCUGAAACGCUUCUUUAAGAGUCGAGGGAAGCGCUGGGUUCUAUUUGAAAGAAAUUAUAGGAGCCAUCACCUCCAGCUUCAGGUCAUUCCUGUGCCCCUCAGCUGCUGUGUUACAGAUGACAUUAAGGAUGCCUUCAUUACCCAGGCACAGGAGCAACAAAUAAUGCUGCUGGAAAUUCCAGAGCACUCAGACAUCAAACAGAUUGCACAGCCGGGAGCACCGUAUUUUUAUGUUGAACUGGACACAGGAGAAAAGCUUUUCUACAGAAUUAAAAAAAAUUUUCCUUUGCAAUUUGGGAGGGAGGUGCUGGCCAGUGAAGCCAUUCUCAACAUACCCCACAAGGCUGACUGGAGGCAGUGUCAAAUCAGUAAGGAGGAGGAGGAGGUCCUGGCUCGCCGCUUCCGGAAAGACUUUGAACCCUUUGACUUCACUCUGGAUGACUAGCCAAAGGGAAGGACACACCAGAGAUUGUUCCAGCCUAUUCUUAAAGUGAAACUGCCAUCUCCAUGGGGAAUGCCUCCCUUCUUCUCUUCCAUAUAUAUUCAUGGAGUCCGCCUAUAGCAAGAGGCCUAGAAUUGACUUUUUUAAAAAAGUUAUUCUAACAUAAAAUUAUAUGUUAAAAGAAUGUCUGCUACAUAUUUCUAAGAACAGCUGUGUUUGUCCACAUCUUCACAGACUUCUUUGAGAUUGGGUGUGGUAGCUCAUGCCUGCGACCUCAGAAAUUAAGGAUUCAUGGCAGGAGAAUUGUGAAUUCAAGACUAUUCUGGUUUGCAUAGUGCGUUCCAGGCUAGUCUGGGCAUUGGUGUGAGACCCAUCUCAUCCCUCUCCCCUCCCAAAAAGCACAAAAAUAAUGUUUCCCAAAUCUUGUAAAUGGUAAAAAUGUAAUGCUUUUGUAAAGUCAA